AUGAAGAUCACAUCACGGCAUAUCGAAAAGGAUGGGUCAGGUAGGAUCACCAUCGUCCCAGAGGAAGACGAGGACAUGUACCAUCUAUACAACCUGAUAGAGACAGGCGAUCGUGUGCGAGCAGCUGCCGUGCGGCGUGUUCAAUCGGAAUCAUCCACUGGCUCAAUAGAAUCGCAUCGAGUGCGACUCAAUCUCACCAUCGAGGUUGUCAAGACAACAUUCGACGCGACAGGCUCAAGCGCACCACCAGAUCCAUCAGCAGCAGCAGCAGCAGCAGCAGCAGCAGGGGCGGCGGCGGCGAAUGCUGCAUCGUCGUCCACAGUAAACGAAGAGGAAGUGAGCCGGGCAGCAGCCGUUGGUGGCUCAGGCGGAGAUGGUGCAACAUUGCAAGUGGCGGGUCGAGUAGUGGAGGAGAACGCGCAUGUUAAGAUGGGCGCUUACCAUACGCUGGAUCUGGAAGUGAAUCGAGCAUUGACCAUCACCAAGGAGAGCUGGGAUGCUGUUCAUCUGGAACGAUUAGGCGAGAGCACCGACGUAAAUCAACGUGCCGAAGUAGGUGCGGUAGUGCUCGGCGACGGUACUGCGGCAGUAUGCUUGCUGACAGGACACAUGACAGUAGUGCGACAACGAAUCGAUGUUGCAAUCCCACGCAAGCGCAAAGGUCUGCCAGCAACAGCAGCCGAAAAAGCAACAGCCCGCUUCUACGUUCAGGUCUACAACGCUGUGGUCAAGCUGCUCGAAUUGCCAGCAUUGCGGCUCGUGAUCCUUGCAUCCCCUGGCUUCACACGAGACUCGGUCUACGACUUCUUAUUCGAAGAAGCAACGCGGCGAAGUGACAAGAUCCUGAUCGGCUCUGAAGCGCGUCGCAAGUUUCUCAAGGUCCACUGCAGCUCACCACACGUUCACUCGUUGAUGGAGGUGCUUCGCAGCCCUCAAGUCAACGCACAGCUCAAAGACACCAAGUUUGCACGGGAAGGGCAGCUGCUGGAACGCUUUACGAAGCAGCUAGCAAGCGACGAGUUGCGGGCAUGGUACGGAGAGAAGCACGUUCUCCUGGCUGCAUCGAGAGGCGCCAUUGGUGUGUUGCUCAUCUCGGAUGGCCUCUUCCGUGCGGCUGACCCAGCAAGAAGGAAGAAGUUUGUCGAGUUGGUAGAAGACGUUAGGGCUCAGGGUGGUGAGGUGGCCAUCUUCAGCUCAAUGCACGAGAGUGGUCGACAGCUCAAUGCGCUGACAGGUAUUGCUGCCAUCUUGACAUAUCCAUUAGACAUUGAAGUGGUGGAGGAGGAAGAAGCGGGAGAGCAAGAAGCGAGAGAGGCAAACAAGGCUCAGGCUCUAGACUAA